AUGAAGAGGAGCCUCACCGUCGCCGCGGCGGCUCUCACCGCCGUGACCGCGGCCCGGAACCUCGUCCGAAUGGCAUCCCAGCCCACCGUGCCGGCCAUUUUCGCCCUCGACGGCUUCUCGCCCGCGCCCACCGAGCCUCCGUCACCCGAGCACGUCGCCGCGCGGGCCGACAGCACCUCCCCCGUGCUCUUCUACAACACCCUCAACACCUGCGGCUACAUCUCCGGCGUCUCUGUCAACUCGUACUACUGCCUUAACAAGGACUACUACUGUGCCUACAGCACCUCGUCCGGUAAUAACGUGGGACGCAUCGCCUGCUGCGGCCCCAGCUCGUGCAACUUUCGCACGACGUGCGUCAACCAGGCCGACCUGAACACGGGAUGCAACGAGGCGUGCCGCGACAACACUUACGUUGUCAAGUGUACCGACUCAGCAGCUCCCUACUGCAACACCGUCUCCAUUUCCGGCGGCGCCAUCGACUAUGCCUGCGGCAUCUCCGACAUCCGCACGUACCAGGUCAUCCUCACCAGCUACUCCGGCCAGGUCAACCCGCAGACCUACUCGCGGUACACCAUCACGGGGUCCGCCUCCGGCUCCUCCAAGUCGGGAUCCGCCAGCGGCGCGCCACCAGUGUUCACCCCGGACAGCACCAGCACCGCGACCAGCACGACCACCAGCAGCACCGGCACCGCGCAGCCCACCGGAGGUAACAACCCCGGCAAGAGCGGCACGCCUGUCGGGGCCAUCGUCGGCGGCGUCGUCGGCGGCGUCGGCGCCCUCGCGCUCGUCGGCAUCGGCAUCCUCCUCUUCUUCCGCAACAAGAAGAAGGACAACAAUGCCCAGCAGAGCAACAGCCCCCCCGCGCCGCUCAUGAGCCAGCCCCAGAACGGCACCGGCGCGCCCGGGCAGCCGCAGUACGCCGCCUCGUACCCGGACGGCACCUCCGCGGGAUACCCGACCUCGCCCAGCACCGGAACCGGCCCGUACUAUCCCCCUCCGCAGCAGGGCUCCCCCAACUACCCGUACAGCCAGCCGUCGGUCAGCCCCGUGAACAACUACGCGCCGCAGCAGUCGCCGUACGGUCAGCAGGGUUUUGGCCAGCAGCCGCCGUAUCAGCAGGCCGGCUCACCGCCGCCGCCGCAGCAGCAGCAGCAGCAGUAUGCCGCACCGGUGGCCGGCGCUGCCGCGGGUGCUGCCGCAGGAGCGGCGGCGCACAAGGACGCCGCCGUGUCUCCGACCGGUCCCGUGCAUGAGGCGCCGACGGCCAACUCUGCCGGCCACCGCGGCGAGAUGCAAGAACUGGAGUAG